AACAGAGUGGAUCUAUCUGUAUGAUUAUGCGACAUGCAAUCAUAUCCUUAAUUCAUACAGAAAGAUAUUGUAAUUGUAAUUGUAAUUGAUUCCCGAAAUGAAACGAAAUGAUGUCGUGUAAAAGAUACAAUAUCUACAGAUAGCUCGUGUCAGAUAGUGUCCAGUUCUAGAGUAACAGCCUUUGCAAUCAAAUCAACUUCAAAUAUUGUGUGUGACCAAAUACUUGAUACCUUUGCUACCUACUCGUACAUUCUAGACCGAAUUAUAAAUCGUGAAACAACGAAGUUGAAAUUCAGAGAAGAAAAAAAACAAAAAAAGUCAUCAUUACUCAAUAAAUUCAAAGUCAACCUAUAUUUCGAAGAUAGUGUCUUAAAAUUGAUGUAAAUUUUGUUAAAUUGUUAAAUUUUGAAUAUUGCAAAUAUAUUAUCAUACAUUCAUCAAAUGUGUGAUUAUAAAAGAACUGUUUUAUUGUUGCAGUGAAACACUAAAGAGUUUUUGAAAACUUGUUUUGUUUUAUUAGUUUUUUUUUUAAUUCAAAAUAAUGGCUCAUUGUACAAUUAUUCUGGGAGUUAUUGGAAUAUUAAUUGCUGCUGGAGGAGCAUUUCUUGGAUGGUAUCUUUUUCCAUCGGUGGUACAUAAACAAGUUGAAGAGGGAGUUAUAAUAGCAGAUGGCUCAGAACAGUAUGAACGAUUCGUCAAACUACCUCAGCCCAUUUCCUUCAAAGUGUACAUCUUUAAUGUGACUAAUGUCAACCGGAUCCAGCAGGGAGCUAUACCAGUUGUUGAGGAAGUUGGUCCUUAUGUUUAUAAACAAUACAGAAAGAAACGAGUGAAGCAAUUCUCUCGAGACGGAUCAAAGGUAACCUUUCUUCAGGACUAUCGAUUUGAGUUCGAUCCAGAUGCCUCUGCUCCUUACACUGAAUCAGAUACGGUAGUUGCCCUAAAUAUGCAUAUGAAUGCAUUUUUACAAGUUUUCGAAAGAGAAAUAACUGAUAUUUUGCAAGGUUUUGCAAAUAGAUUUAAUCGCACCCUAAGUCGAACGCCCGGCGUUCGAGUACUCAAACGACUGAUGGAACGAAUUCGAGGGAAACGUAAAUCUCUUUUACAGAUAGCUGAAAACGACCCAGGUCUAUCAUUGUUGCUGAUGCACUUGAAUGCAAAUCUUCGAGAAAUCUUCAAUGACCCGAGGUCAAUGUUCGUAACAACGUCAGUCAAGCAGUACCUCUUCGAUGGAGUACGCUUUUGUAUCAAUCCUCAAGGACUCGCCCGAGCAAUAUGUAAACAAAUCAAAGACCAAGGUUCAAAAACAAUUCGAGCUCUCGAUGAUGGAAGCUUAGCAUUUUCAUUUUUCUAUCAUAAAAAUCAAACCGGAGACGAUGUGUACGAAGUUCAUACGGGUCGAGGUGACGCAAUGAAAUUGAUGGAAAUACAAAAGCUUGACGAGGUCAGCACCCUGCAAGUCUGGCCAAAUAGUAGCGAUAGUGAAACAUCGAUUUGCAAUUUAAUUAAUGGCACCGAUGCUUCCGCCUUUCCACCAUUCAGGAAACGUGGCGAUUCCAUGUACAUAUUUAGUGCGGAUAUAUGUCGUUCGGUGGAGCUGUUCUAUCAAGGUGAUGUCGCUUACAAGGGUAUUCCAGGAUUUCGUUAUUCAAUAGGGGAUAAUUUUUUGAAUGACAUCGGUCCAGAAUAUUCAAAUGAAUGCUUUUGUGUGGAUAAAUUGACAAAUGUGAUUAAGCGGAAAAAUGGAUGUUUAUAUUCUGGGGCAAUGGAUUUAACAACAUGUUUAGAUGCUCCCGUUAUUUUGACUUUGCCUCAUAUGCUUGGUGCUUCAAACGAAUAUAAAAAAAUGAUACGUGGUCUUCGGCCAGAUCCCAAAAAACAUCAGACCUUCGUUGAUGUACAGCAGUUGACAGGAACGCCACUUCAAGGAGGCAAACGAGUGCAGUUUAAUAUGUUUCUUAAGAGUAUCAACAAAAUCACUUUGACAGAAAACUUAACGACAGUUUUAAUGCCAGCCAUUUGGGUUGAUGAGGGUGUUCAACUUAAUGCCGAAUCAGUUCAACUUCUCAAAUCAAAACUUUUGAACUCCCUCAAAAUUCUCAACAUUGUACACUGGUCGAUUUUAUGUGCUGGCAUUGCGAUAACUUUAACUUCAACAAUGUUUUAUUUUGCUUUUCGAAAUAAAUCUGAGGAUGAAAGUAAAGUUCUUGAAUAAAUUCAUAAAAGAAAAAAACAAAAAAAAGUCAUUUAUAAUAAUAAAUUAUUAAUGUGUUAAGAUCUUUAGAAAAAUUAAGACAUUUUAAAAAGAAAAAAAAAAAACAAAAAGCCCAAAAUGACACUUUCUUCACUACAUGUAUACACAUCACAUAAAAAUCCUAUUUUAAUUGACAUUUCGUUAAAAUAAGUGUUAUUUCUGCUUGUUUUUUUUUUUAAUUUAAGAUCAGCAUUUUACAUUUACUUAUUAUGUACGUAUUCUCUCCGACCAUAUUUCACUCGUUUUAUUUUAUUUUUACUGAAAAAUGUGAUUUAAAAAAAUAUAAUGUGAUUAUAUUUGUUAUGUUUUAAGAGCAAAAUCUUUUUGUUAUUUACUUAUUUAAUAAAAUUAUUAAAAAAAUAA